AUGUAAAACAGAUAAAUUCAUUUAGACAUACUCAUAACAUUCUAAAAAGUUAAUGGAAUUAGAAUUUGUUCAAAUACAUAGACAUAAUAGGAUUGGCCAAAACAAAUUAAAUUAUCAAUUUAGGAAUGUUUAUUAUAACAUCCAUAAUGCCUAUUCUUAUAAUAAUUUUAUAUUUUGCGCUUUAUUUUCACUAUAAACGACACUCUAGACAUAGAUCAGAAGAAAAUACUUUAGAAAAAGUAAUAUUUAAUAUAUCCUAGUUUUUUAUCAGAUUGCUAUCAUUAUAAGAAUGGAUAUUAUUUUAUCCAACAAUUUAAAUUCAUACUUUAAUAAUCUCUUGUAAUUAUUUUGAUGAAUCUAAUUUUAAAUAUUUAUGUGGUUUUUCUUCUUUUGAAGAUUUUGCUAUAAUUGUUUAAUCUAUAACAAUUCUUAUUGUAACAAUAAUUAUUUAAUUUUUAAUAAUUGUUUUCAUUAGAAAUGACUAAUUCUCAAAAAGUGAUUAUUCUUCAUUAUACUUUAAGAAUGGAUAAAUUUAUGCAAUUAUUAAUUAAUUACUCUAAAACUUUCUAGCUUGUUUAUAUAAACCAAACAACUCAGAAGAAUAUGUAUCAUGUAUUUUUUAUUAAUAAUAGUUAAGCUUGAUACUUUUACAUAUUUUAUUACAUAUAAUGAUGUGGUUAUUCACUAUAACAUAAUGGCCAACUUUUAAAUUAACAUUAAUUUAGUAUUAAUUCAGUUUUAUAAUUAAUAUUAAUGUCUCCCUAUAUAUCUCAUUUUUAUUAGAAACCACUUUUGAAAAAGGUGAUUUAAAAGGAUAUGGAUUAUAUCACUUUAUAUGGAUUUUAAUAAUGUUAUUUUAUAUAUAAUUAAAGAUAUCAUAACAAAAAUUAAAAUCUUGUUUAUUUUUUAAAGUAAACAGUGAAUAAACAUUACUGAAUAAAAUUUAUUCAUUUGAAUAAAUAAUUAAAAAAAGGGAUUAAUCAUCAAAUUUAAUUCUUGUCUUAGGAAUUAUUAGAUCACAUAGUAAUUCUGAUUGCAAGAAUAAUUAAACUAAAUAUAAUCUUAAAAGAUGUUAUUGUAAAAUGAAAUUGAUUUAUGACCCAAAAAAGCAAAAUGAUAUUAGAAACUUAUCUUCAUCUAUAAUUAAACAUAUGAAUAUCUUUUCUAAAUUUGUUAUAAAAUCUUGGUAUGAAGAUUAUCUUCAUGAUCAUUAGAAUAAUCAUUUUAUUUGUUUACAAUAUGCAUAAUAUUUAUUUUAUAAGAUAAAUUUACAUGCAUAAUCAUUAAUAGAAUUAUAUAAAGUGAAUACAUAAUUAAAAUCUUUGAGUGAGAAAUAUUAAUUUUGUAAAUUAACAAUAAACAUUAAAAGGAAAAUAGAAAUUCAAUGUUCUUAAAGUUAUAAAUAAAAAUUUGAUUUUGAAAUAGUUGUAUCAAUAGAAGAAUGUAUCAACAAAAUUUAAAGAUCUAUUAUUUAUAUUAUGAACUUAUAAAUAAAAAUGUUCAAAUCUAUAAUAAAAUAAAAUGAUAUUAAUGAAUAAGAGUUGAUUUAAGAUUUUGAAUAAAUGCUAAAUAAAAUAUAAGAAAUAAAAAUUAAUUGGAAGGAUAUUACAAGGAGAUAAAUAUUAAUGAAUGAUAAAGUAGAAUUAAGAUCAUUUUUACAUAGAAAAAAAGAAUUUGUUAUACUUUAUAAUUGGUUUAGAUAGAAUAUUUUAAAGAAAAAAGUGAAAUAGUCAUAGAUAAUAACAGGAGAAAGUGAUGAUUUUAUUUAAGAAGAUUCAGAUUCAAAUAGUGAGAAUGAUCAUUUUUAUGAUCAAUAAAAAAUAUUUAAUUUAUUAUCUGGAAUUCUGCAUUGUAAUAUUAAUGGAGAAAUAUUAAAAUUUAGUCAGAAUUGUUAAAAUUUAUAUGGAUAAUAAUAAUUAAAUUCAAUAUUUGAAUUGAUUCCUCAUUCUAUGUAAAGGAAUCAUCAAAUAGCAAUGAGAUAAUUUAUAGAGAAUGGCAAAAGAUAAAGUUUAUUUAAAAAAUUAAAAAUAUUUUAUAUAAAUGAGACAUCACAUAUAGUUUAAGCUAAUAAAUAUCUAAAAUGCAUUAUAAAUUAAAAAAUGUAAAUAGAAUAUGUUUGUAUGAUAAGACCAAUAAUAAAAAUGACACCUAAUAAUUUUAUUUUAUUGAAUGAAUAUUGGGAAAUAGAUUCAAUGACUGCAUAAUUAGAUUAAUUAUUUACAAAAUAAAGUUGUUUAUUAAUUUAAUGUCCUAAAUUAUUAAAAUAUUCUCAAUAUCAAUUAUUAAUGAAAGAAAAUGAUUAUGAUUUCUUUUAAUUAAGAAUUUCUUAACAUUAAACAUAGUAUAUAUAAGAAUUAACUUAAUAUAUAUAAAGUUAGUAAAAUACAAUUAAUGAAUCUCAUUAAACAAGAAGAUUUUUUAACGGAAGAGGUGAUAAUUUUAAGUAUUUGUUAGAUUAAGCUCUUGUUGAUGAAAAUAUUAAUGGAUUGGGUUUAGGUAAGAAUAAUAUGAAAUUUCAUAAGAUAAUAGAUGAAAACAAUAUUACUUUACAUAUAAGAUUACCAUUAGACUCAAAACAACUUAAUGAUGAUUAUUAAGAAUUCAAAAGAUCUUUAUAUUAAAAUGAUUAAAUAACAAAAUCAAUGAGAAUAUAAAGAUAUCGUAAAAUAAUUGUAAGAAAUCAAUUUGGACUAUUGAGAUUUGAUAAAUUUGAAUUAUUGAGAAGAAUAUAAAAAUAUAGGUUAUUAUGUUAAAAGAAGCAUUAUUCUCAAAUAAGUACAAUAUAAUAUUAUAAAGAAAAGCUUUUUGAAGAAUACUGUUCUAAUACAAAUAAUCUAUGUAAAGUGAUAAAAAUUGAAGGUUCUAUUCAUUUCACUACGAAAGCAUCAUUUGACAAAACAAUAAUUAUAAAACUUAAUAGAUUUGAAUUCUAUGAACAAGAAGCUAAAAAAUAUACUGUAAAUUAUUAAUUACUAUUGUUCAUUAGAAUUCAAGUUAAUCAGAUAGAAAGAAAACAACAUCUUCAUAGUCUACUUAAUUUAUUUUAAGAAGAAAUUCAGACAUAUUUUUUUAGAACUUCUUUUAGAAUUAAUCUAUUAAUUUUUAAACCUUACCUUAAGAAAAUGAUUAUGAUUCAAUUAGAGAUAAUAUCAAUAAAACUUUGAUUACAGAAAAUGAAUUAUAAAUUGAUUUUUCUAAUCAAAAAGCAAUAUAAAAUGAAGGACUCCUUAAAUAGAAUUGGAUCAAAAAUGAAUUUAUUAAGGAUGAUUUAAAUAAGAUUCCAAAAUCAUUAUAAGAAUUAACAUAUAUUAAAUUAUUGAAUCGCUUUUUAUUAAUAAGUUUAGUAGCAUUAAUAAUUACUGAAUAUAUUUUUGGACCAUAACAUUAUAUUAGUUCAAUUAUUUACAAUUCAUUUAAUAAGGUAGAAUUAGUAACAACAUUUGCAUAAAUAAUAUCUCAAACAUAUAGUUCAAUUAUUGAUUUAGAUUUAUCUUUAAAAAAUAUCUAAAUUGUUAAUCUAACUAAUAUUAAUCAAAUUACCUAGCAAUCUGUAUAAGAACUUAAUUAAUUAACUUUAGAAACAAAAGAUUAUAUUUCUAUAUUCUCUGAAAAUGCUGAUUUUAAUGAAAACAUUUCCAUUCUUGAUUUAAUGGGAUCUUUUAAAACAAAUAUUAAUAUCUUUUUAUAGGCUCUCUAAAAUAUUAAUUAAAACAAUCUUAAUGAAACAAUCUCAUUUUGUAGAUAAAAUAUAAUACCUUACUUACAAUUAUCUUUAAAUAAAUCAAUGGGAAGUAUAAACUAGGAAAUAAAAGUUAAUUUAGAAGUUAUCAAAGAAAUUUUUCAAGUUUUUCUACUUUUCAUUACAUUAUUUAAUGGAACAAUUAUAUUUUCAAAUAUUAUGUUACUAUUUUAGAUGAUAAAAAAAAUUAAAGUAGAAUAUAUAAAUUAAUAAUAUUUUUAGUUAUUACUAAGUUCAUUUCAAAUGAUAAACAAAUAGCAAUUUGUUUAAAUCUACAAGUAUUUAAUUUCUUUGAGACAAUAAUUAAAAUAUUUGAAUAUUAGCAAUUUAAAUGGAAAUAGUAUUAAAAUAAAUAUAAAUUUAGAUUCUUAAAGACAAAUAGAAAACCUUAUGUAAAGAGAUAAUUUAUAAGAAAUACAAGAUUAGGAAUGUUCAAAUAUUAAAUAUACUGAAUCAUAACAUUGGAUUAGAUUAUCAAUAAAAGUUCUUAUCAUUUAUGUCAGCAUUAUUUCAACAUUAUUAUUGAUGGGUAUAUAUUAUAAUUUCUACUUAUAAUCAAUAAUAGGAGGAAUAUCAUAUUUUAUGUAAAGUAAUGCCUUCACAUAAAAUUUACUUACUUAUUGGGUUUAAGUUGCAAUUAAAGAUGUUUACUGCUUUAAUUAAAAAUAUUAAGAUGAAAUUAAUAUAAAUUAAUAUAUAGAACUAAUAAGUGAAUUUUAAUAAAUGUAAAUAAGUAAAUAAGUAUAUAACAACAAUUUAUAAACUGUAUAAUCAUUAUUUUAUGGAAAUUCAUGUAAUCAUAGUAAUCUAAGUAUUUUUUAUCUCAAAAAUAUAGAUUUAUCAUCAUAUGAAAUGUAAUAAUGUUAAUAUUCAUUAAAUGGAGCCUUAACAAAAGGAUUAAUUGUUUAUUAUGACUCUUUAUAUUAAAUAUCAAUUUCAUUAACAAAUUCAAGUGAUUCUAGAUUUGAAAAAGCAUCAUUAAAAAGAUUGUUAGAAUAUAGUGAAGUAAUUUUUUAUAAGAUUAAAUAGGUGUAAGGAUUAGUAUUUACUAUAUAAAAGUUAGCAAUAAGUGAAUUUAAUUAAUAGAUGAGUUCUAAAAUAAGUGAAUAUAUCUCAGUAGAGAAAGCAUUAGUGUAUUUGUAAAUUAUUAAUAAUAAGGACGAUAUUCAUUUAGUUAACGUGUUUGUUAUAUUAUUUGAUUAUUGAAAAAUAUUUUCACAACUUGAUGAAUUUUUAAUACAAAAAAUUUAGAUAAUUUUAUCUAUACAAUUAUCCAAACAGUAUUUUGCAUUAGAAUAAGACUUUGAGAGCAAGAUUUAAAAAGUAUGGUAUUUUAAAAAAAUGA